CCUCUUUCUCCAGUCUGGGCCUCGGUGCGCCCUUUGACGGAGCAGAGCGCCUCUGGUCCGCAUGUCACGGGACCACCGUGUUUAUGUUUUUUCUUUCAGUCUCCACUUCCUCGCACUCCUCCCAUCACCCCCUCUCUCCCCAUUAUUCGCACCACCACUAGUCAGUCGUCUACUCACACAUCCCCUUCGCCUGCGUGUCCCUAAUUUCUGUCUCCUUCUCCCUUCCUUCUCUUCCUCCAUUUGCCACACUUAUCUCCUACCGCUUUACAACAUGAGUGCCCUGUCCGCAGCUGUGCGCGCCGCCAACGCGAAGGUCAAGAGAAAGCCUGUCAGCGACGCCUCCACAUCCUCCAAACGGUAUGGGUAUCACUCACGGCAAAUGCACUGUCUAGGCUAUUGGCUACAUAUCUCGGAAUGCUGGCGGGCGUCGUUGCAUCAAAUAUCACUACUCACGGCUUUGGGCCUGAUUAUUUAGAUGGGCUUUUAGUUUUAUUUUUAUGUAUUCUACUUAUUCAAGUGGAUUCUAUUAGGUGAAUUGAGUGAGAGUUGGUCUCAAAGCUGGAGAAUCCAACCUGGGCACGACUGGAAAAAAUACCAU